CCCCUCCGAGAUAUAUAUAACCCCUCAUCUCAGCCGUCCAUCUCCACCCCGCGCUCUCCCCCGUUUCUUCUCCAAAUCGCCACCGCAGAGAGAGAGAGAGCGCGCUGCGAUGGAAGACCCCCGCUCGACGCGACACCUCAAGCGAGCCGAGCUCGCCGGAGCUCCGACGGCUCCGGCGGCGCCGAAGCGACGGAGGACAGCCUUCGUCGGAGAAGCGCCGUUCGAGCUCCGGUCGGAGGAGCGCGGGGGCGGACCGCCGCUUGUGCUUCGGCGUUCGGACUCGCCGGAGAAGAUCAGCGUUCCGUCGGAGGCCGGAGACUUCGCGUCGAGCUCGAGCUCCGGUCCGUCAGAGCCGCCUCGUUCCUCGGCGAGGAGUGACGAGGACUCCGUCGACGUCGUGAAGGAAAAGAAGUUCGACAUGGUCGGCGACGAUCGACAGCAACAGUCGCGGGCGGAGAGUUUCGAAACCGAAGCAUCGACAUGCAACAGCGAUUUCAGCGGAGAAAGCGCCCCAUCGAAAUCGGAGACGACGAGCGAACGGAGCCCUCCGGCAUCUCCGCCGUCGCGAGCGGAGCUGGAAUCGUUCUUCUUGGAGGCAGAGGAGCGCGAGCGGCAACGGUUCACGGAGAAGUACAACUACGACGUCGCCAUGGACGCCCCCCUCGAAGGCCGCUACGAGUGGAUCCGCUUGAAGCCGUGAGCAGAAAGAGAGAGAGAGACGACGGAGCAGAGAUGAUGACGCCAGGGUGACGCCGAGGUCAGCUCGUCGCGACGUCGAGAGAGAGAGAGAGAGGAGAACUGUUGACUUUCAGUGACGUGUACAGCUUUCGCCGGGAAAUGCCAAAAAAAUCCCCCGCCGGAAAAUUACAAAUAAACACGGAAAUAUGUGUAAUUUCUUUGUUUUUACACAAAAGGUGCAAAAAGGCGUCCUUUUUUUCCGUUUCUGUCCUCGGAUUUAUAUGAAAUUACGAUCUUCGGCCCGCUCUCCUAAAAUUCUAUAUAUCAAAGGGGAAUGAAGAGGGAGAAGAUUCUUGCUAAAAGAGUACUUGAUUAUGGAGGCUAAAAGCGAGAAUAUACUCUCCUUUUUUUUUUCUUUUUCUUUUCUUUUUGGGGGUGGUCAUUGCUAAUAUUUUUCUUGCAGGGGGGCGGUGAGGCAAAAAUCCUCUCGUGUCUCUUUCUUUUUGAUAUCGACGGACGACCCCCCGCGCGCGCACGUCUUUCGGCUGGGGGACCGUUCUUCGUGCAUUGACUCGUCCCCGGCGUUAAACACACGUACGUAUAACUUCUUUCUUCUUUCUUCCCUCCCACCUCUUGCAGACACGCCUCUCGACACACCGCGACACGUGUAUAAAAGACGGCAUAGAUCUUGUAGAUAAGCGAUGUGGGGAUACCUUGAUGCCCCCUCUCGCAUGCAAGCGAGCGAGGUGGGUUGAGGGAGGCUAAUGGAGAUCGAAUUGGAGUGGAAUCUAGCCCCUAUAUCAUAUUAGAAUGUUCAAUUCAAAAGCUUUAGGUCCAUAGGUGAGGGAGGCUAUGUAAAUAUCAAAGGGGCAUGAACUUCCUACACAAGCCACAUGAAAUACUUCAAUUGUCUCCAAGAGCUUUCCACUAGUCGCAUGUGGUAGCUAAAACCAUAGCAUAACAUUUUUUAGAGUGGUCGAAAGUAUGACCCUAAAAACUUACACUUAUAAGUGGAGGGUGACGCUUGUAUAUAAAGAACAGACAAAUUCUAUAAAUGAGUGAUGUAGGAUACUUUAACAGACACAAUAUCAAAGUUGUUUUCUUAAAUAUAUUUCACAAAGUAUAUAUAAUUGCCAUAGUAUAAUUAUGCAUGUUUAUGUUAUUAUUAGUAAGUUAACAUGUCAAGUGCUUUGGAUACUUGUAAAGUCUUAUAACAAAGGGAGAUAAUUAAAGUUGUAACAUUGUAAUCAGUGAAGAAGGUGGGGAUUAUACCAGGCACAUGCCUGAUCCAGAAGCAAGCAAUUUUAUAUCUUGGGGGCGUGUUUUGGUUCUGUGCUUUAUGGACAGAGCUUUCUGAAUUAAAUUUACUCAUGUUCACACUGCUUCCCCCAUUCAGACCAUUCACUUGACGAGCAUCAAAUGGAAACUCAUGUUCUAGAUCUUUGUUCUGGACAUGAAAAUUCAAAUUUUAUUUAAAAAUACCAUAUGUGUAAAGUCAGAUCUCAUAGGAACAAUCGCGAGAUAGAAACAUUCAUUUACUAAAGAUAUGUUAAAUAUAAUUGUCAAAAUCAAAAAUCGUUCAUUUAAUUUCACUUAUUUACAAAGUCUAUAUGCUCUUCACAUACAUAUGCUUGCUCUUGAUCUUUAAUCUCGAGUCUUUCUUGGUUGGAUAUUUUGACAUGAUAUCGCUCAUUUUCUUUGUGUAAAUCUUUGAAUUCCACUCAUAAUUGUCGAUGCGCCUCGUACAUAAAGUAGAUAAAUCCCGGAGGCGAAGGACGUUGGAUACCUUAACAAAUCUCGCCAGAACGAGGAAUUCCAUAUGAUAUUCAAGAAACAGGAGGUCGUGCACGUGUAGUGGGGGAGCGGGGGUGGGUCUCUCCAAGCAAAGGGCUUUUGCUUUGGAUCUGGUGCCACUUUAGUUGAGUUGGGGGAGUGAUGAUGGGACUGCGUUGGGAGGGGAAAGAAUGUUGCCUUUCUUUUCAUUAAUGGAGAUGGGGUUUCGAUCUUGGUGCCUCUCUUUUUCACGCUCCACGAAGCUGAUUGUGGAGGAGCUCGUUAGGGACUUAUUUUAAAAGGGACUCCCUUUUUGUCAAGCAGGAAUUACUUUAGUAACGUUAGGCAGAUGGAUGCCUAUUGUAAAUUUUGAGGACCAAAGUCAAAGAACUUGCCUCGUGAAAUUGAGAUUCCAUAAAGUUAUAGAGGGAUGGAUGCUUCGGCCUAGAUUUAUUUCA